UGUGUGCCUUGUGUUCCCUGGUGUAAAUGCAAUAAAUAGUAUGAAAGCUUCACAAGGACAGCUUUUCUCGACUGUUGGCCUUUCACUUGUCCAGUAACGGGUCAUCCCUCUUGGAUAUUUUGUUUUUAACUUUCCUGCUAUGUGUUCCCAGUUCAGUGAAAUUAUGCUUUCAUGCAACUUCCUUGCAAUUCAUCUGCUUGCCAGAAAACACUAGGAUUUGGGCUUGUGUCCUACACCCUAGAGCCUUAAUAUCAGUCUUCUGAGGAAGGUUAGCCCACCUGUAAGCCAAGCCUGUGAUCCAGUUAUGGGUACUUGGAACCAGUUGAAUAAGCAUACUCUGUGGUAAUUUCCCAGCUUGCGCAAGUAUCAAUGCUGGUUGGCCUUUGGCAUUACACCAGUCUGUAUCAUGCCCAGUGCUCUUCUGCAUCUCGUCUGUGAUCUUUUGGAAUAUCUUUCUGUACUAUUUAUUCCUUUUUAACAAGUUGAGAACCUAACCAUUCAUCUAGUUACAGGUAGGUAGCCGUGUUGGUCUGAGUCGAAGCAAAAUAAAAAAAUUCCUUCAGUAGCACCUUAAAGACCAACUAAGUUUAUAUUUAUCUGAAGAAGUAUCUGAAGAAGUGUGCAUAUCUGAAGAAGUAUCUGAAGAAGUGUGCGUAUCUGAAGAAGUGUGCAUGCACACGAAAGCUCAUACUAAAAUAUAAACUUAGUUGGUCUUUAAGGUGCUACUGAAGGAAUUUUUUUAUUUUGCUAACCAUUCAUGUUAAUUAUGCAGUUAUACCUGUAUCAGUUCCUGAGCAAGGAUAGUAGAAUUAAAAUAUUUUAAACUUUGAAGUUCCAAAGGUGUUGCUGAAAGUAUUUAAAGUUUAACUUUUAGUCCGUACGGGAUAGAGACUUGGGUAGGUUUUUUCUAUGCUUGUACUGUCCUAUUUUAACUCUGGGCAAAACAAAAGAGAGUUAAAAUAUUUUUAAGCCGUAAAAUAAAUAAUGACAAACCACUAGAUCAAGCUUCCUCAAACUCGGCCCUCCAGAUCAGGCAUCCCCAAACUGCGGCCCUCCAGAUGUUUUGGCCUACAACUCCCAUGAUCCCUAGCUAACAGGUCCAGUGGUCGGGGAAGAUGGGAAUUGUAGUCCAAAACAUCUGGAGGGCCGAAGUUUGGGGGUGCCUGCUCCAGAUGUUUUGAGACUACAAUUUCCAUCAUCCCUUAACACUGGUCCUGUUAGCUAGGGAUCAUGGGAGUUGUAGACCAAAAACAUCUGGAGGGCCGAGUUUGUGGAAGCCUGCGCUAGAUAAUCCUGUAGUGAUUAUUUAGUGGGAUGUGUACUUUUUAAUGUACCGGUACUCCUUGCACCCUGUUGGGAGUAGGUUCUUCGCAAUAAGAACUUUGUUCAGUACAGCCAUGGGAGAAUAUCAGAAUUCUCUACUUUUAUUUGUGUGUGUCAGGGAUUGCCAAACCUGCUGGACUAAGGAGCACGUUUAGGAAUUUAAAGAACUCUGCUGGGCGCCGCAAAAUAGCAGUUUCGCAAGAAUAGCACAAUGAUAACCUCCCACCAACAGGCAAUAAGCCUACACCACCAAACUAUUCGACUAGCAGGUAGCACCCACAAGAGAAAAGCCUAUUUUAGGGAAAAUGUAUGAAAUUUGAAGGGACAGGGGACCUUGGGAGUUGCCAAGGGAGGUGUCUGAGGGCAUCAUGCCCACAAUUCUCCAGCACAAAUAAGGCAGGGUGAAUUACUGAGCUCAGAAUGUGAUGUCUACAUUUGAGUUCUCCCAAGUAUGUAUGUGAAGUCCUUAAAAAUAAAUAUGUACCUUGCUGUGCAUGCAGAUGGCUCACAGCUGAAGAAAGAAGCAGCUAAGAAAUGGAGCAGAAAAGAAUAUAUUUUUUCACGGCAUAUAAAUAUUACUCAAGAUCUUGAGCGUUUUGUUAAAAGAUUUUUAUUAUGUAUUAGAGAAAUUCCAACUCCCAUGGCCCAUUUUUUUGAGGGUAGGUUCAUUAAUGAAAUGAGAGGAUUUAAAAUAAAGACAUUUAUGUGCAAUGGGUCAGUGCAUCUGUUAACCAGAAGGUUGGUGGUUCGAGCCCACCCAGGGAAGGCUCUGGGCAGAAUUUCUGAACUGCAGAGGGGUGGAUUAGAUGACCCUCAGGGUCCCUUCCAACUCUUCUGUUCCACUGGAAAGGAUUAUCCUCCCCCCACCUUAAUCGAUCAAGACAUACCAUCCAUGCCUGAGAUGAGUCAUCUCAAGCCUAACAACCUGUUGGCAACCUCUUGGUUGUUAGGAGGCAAUUGUCUAUGCUGACAGCAUCACAGUGACACCGAUUGUGUGGUCAGGAAAUAGUGAAAGUUGCUGGGGAGGCGACAGGGAAAGUGGUACAGCUGGGGAUAGUGACCAGCGGCUUUUUCUCUUGCCUCUGACAAAACAUGACUUGUGUCACACGGCGAUGCCUGCAAAGGCAAAAGGAAUUCAUCCUCGAUGGUGUGGCCGUAGACACUAUAGCAAGCAGCUACACCAAUCUCCUGCCCAGGCUGUGGUCUGCCUUGCCUCCUUAUAAUGCUCAGCUGGACAUCCACGCGGCCAGCUACUUCUCAUCCCCAGUGGUCAAAUCUGUGCUGAAGAAGACAGAACAGACCCGCGGAGGUACCUCGAGGGAUGGCUGGAUAGUAGAUUAUUUUCAUAUCUAUGGGCCAGGACAGAGGUACUUGAACAGGAGAAAUUGGGCCGGGGCAGGUCACUCUCCGCAGCAAGUGGCUGGCCACUAUUGGCACUUGAUGGACGUAAAGCCGGUGAAAGGGUUCAAUGGACGUUACGGAUACCGCCGCAACACACCUGAUCUCCGCGCCCGUUCCUCUUGCUUUGGCGAAGUCACAUGUUUCCCCAUCCAUUGAAGCGUAGCAUAGGAUUUCUUCACUGCCGUCCUCUAAUCACACUCUCCAUUUG